AAAAGUCAUUGAACUAUUUAUUUUUUAUAUAUACAUGUAAGAUAGCCAAGCGCCAAAGAGUGUCGGCUGAUUGGGGAUGUUGAGAUUUGAAGCUUAGAUAAAUAUUGAUAUAAAAAGGAUAUAUAUGAUGAAUGUCCGUUAUGAAAAAAAACCACUUCUAACUUUUAUCAAAUGGAAUACGACAGAAACGUAAGCUUUCGCUGAUUAGGUCAAAGUGCAACUGGCACGUGCCAUUCGGUUACAGCAGAGACUAUUUAAGCCAUGACCCACGCGAACAACAGGCAGUUCAAGGUGAAACAAACAGAGAAACAUGAAAUUUCAGCUUGUUUUGCUUAUUGUGUACCUGGUUAGCAGCUGCAGAGCUCAGGAGCAGCCAGAAGAGCAGGAACAGGAAGUAGCAGCAGCGGCUUCAAUCCAACAUGAUGGUCACCGACCACAUUCAGACAACGGCGCCAUACGUCGCAUUUUGGACGAGAAUACAAAGGUUCUACGCCAGUUGGAUAACAAAGCCGAAAGUAUAGGAAACUCGCAAAAGGGCAUUGAGAAUAAGUUGAGGCUUUUGGGUCAAGAUGUCGCCGGCAUUGGUCGCCUAGAAGAUGGCCUCAAGAAACUCGAGCUGACCACAGCUGCCAAUUUUCAUCAAACAGCCAACGGAAUUAAGAACCUGACUGCUAGCAUUCGAGCUGCCGAGAAUAAAACGGAUCGGGCUAUCUUGAAUCUUACACGCGGCCAGCUUGACAUCAAGCAGUUGAUUGUCAAGGUGGAUGCCGAUCAAAAUAAGCAUGAGCGUAGCCUCGAUCAGGCAGCCAAAUCGUUGAAUCUACGUCUCGCAGGUUUGGACAAUUUACUCAAGCAAUCCGUGCUCAAGGAAAUAGUGGCCCUUGUCCAAGUGGCCAAGAAGCUUGAGCAGUCCCAGCGGCAUAUUGAGAACAAGGUCGGCCAUUUAGAUGAGCUGACAGCGCUGUCUGGCAUAACGGCCAACAAAGUCCAGCAAUUGGAGCACGGUUUGCGCUCCAUAAACAGUACGCAGCAGCGUCAAUUAGCUGCAAUCGGGCAGACGGUGCAACAGGUGGGAGCCAGUACCUGGCAAAUCGACAAUAAGCUGGGCGUGCUACUCAGCACCCAGAAGAACAUUGAACGUGCCCUGGUCGAGUGCAAGAAGUGUUUCCCACCCCACAAGCAGCCACAUGACAAUUGGCAACAACCUGGCUAUAUAUCCUACGAGAGUCACAAGGAUGCUGAGAAGUCGCUUUCAAAGGAAUAUGAAAGAAACUAUGAACAUGCCGAUGACGCCUCCUAUCUGUACCAACUCUGGUAUGGCAAGGACGAUAAAUAGAUGAGAAUCUUGAUCAAAAAGUUGUUAUGACUUGCUUCAUAUGUUGAGCUAUCUAAAUAUGUGUAGAGUUUCGCCUCUAUGCUCCAAUUAAAGCGGACUGCGAGGCAUUUAACAAUUGAAAUUCCCGAAAUUUAAAGAAAGUAGAAUUGCAAGUUCAUAAAAUCCUUGUUUAUUUUAAAGAACAAAAAUUAACUUCUUUGAAGUUUAACAAUUAUUACUUUGGCUUUAUACUAACAAAUGCACCUAAUUUAGCCUGUGUUGUCUUUAUAAUAGACGAACACUUGCAACAAGAGUUUUUACACACAU